AUGCAGCAGAAAGUAGCCGCUGGUCUCUGGAGUUCAAGGCCGGCCUCCAGUUCGUCCCGCGCCGCCGCAUUGCCUACCUCCUCCCUCCACCCUUCCGGCCUCCUCCUCCCACCGCAGCGGCGGCCGCCGCCUCACCGUUUCAUGUCCAGGCUCCUGCCCCGCAUUACCGCGCUCCCAGGCCGUCGCCGCAGCCACAACCCGAUCCCGCCCGCCCUCGCGGAGUCGCUCGCGCGGGUCCUCGCCACCCGCUCCACCAACCCGGCCUGGGCCCGCUCCCUCGCCGCGCUCCUCCCCUCCCCGCUCUCAGACGGCGGCCUCGCCGACGCCGUCGUCUCCCUGCGCGACCCCGACCUCGCCCACGCGCUCCUCUCCUGGUCCCGCUCCCACUCCGGCAGCCGCCACCAUGACGCCGACAAACUCCCGCCGCCCACGCCUAUCGCGCAUUCCGCCCUCCUCCGCCUCCUCGCCCGCUCCGGCCGCUUCGACGCCGUCGACUGCACGCUCCAGGACAUGUCUCGCGCGGGCGUCGCGCCCACGUAUGCUUGCCUCGGCGAGCUUGUGGCUGCCUACGCCGACGCCGGGAUCGAAACGAAGGCCACCGAUAUGUGCGAGCGCGUCAGGGCGCAAUAUGGAAUGCUCCCUGCGGCGAUCCACAGCAACUGCCUGCUCAGACUCCUCGUGGAGAGGCGGCAGUGGGACGACGCCCACAAGUUGUAUGACGAAAUGCUUGCUAAGGAAGGUGGCGCGGAUGAUUACAGCACAUGUGUGAUGGUCCGGGGCCUUUGCUUGGAAGGGCUGGUCGAGAAGGGCGUGAAGUUGAUUGAGGCGAGGUGGGGAGCAGGGUGCGUGCCAAAUUCUGUGUUCUAUAAUGUCUUGAUCGAUGGUUAUUGUCGACGCGGCGGCAUGGGUAGGGGACUGUUGCUCUUGGGUGAGAUGGAGAUGAAGGGGGUAUUGCCAACUGUGGUAACAUAUGGAACUCUUAUGAGCUGGCUCGGGAGGAAGGGUGAUCUUGAGAAGGUUACCUAUUUGCUGUCAGAGAUGCGGGAAAGGAGACUGUCCCCCAACAUUGAGAUUUAUAACAGUGUCAUCGAUGCUUUGUGCAAAUGCCGGUCUGCACCACAGGCAAUGGUAGUCUUGAAGCAGAUUUUUGCAAGUGGCUGUGACCCUGAUGUCGUUACUUUUAGUACUUUGAUAUCUGGGCUCUGCAGGGAAGGGCGUGUUCAAGAGGCUGAGCGUCUGUUGAGGGAGGCCAUUAGGAGGGAGGUAAACCCAAAUCUAUUCAGUUAUACUUCAUUGAUUCAUGGCUUCUGCAUUAGAGGACAAGUGAUGGAUGCAUCCAAUUUGCUUGUGGAAAUGAUGGAAAGAGGGUAUACUCCUGAUGUGGUCACAUUUGGAGCCCUGAUUCAUGGUCUUGUUGUUGCUGGGCAAGUCAGUGAGGCAUUGCUUGUCCGGGAGAAGAUGACAGCGAGACAGCUUCUCCCUGAUGCUAACAUAUAUAAUGUGCUGAUUAGUGGGCUAUGCAAGAAACAUAUGCUUCCUGCAGCUAGAAACCUUCUAGCAGAGAUGCUCGAGCAAAAUGUCCACCCUGAUAAAUUUGUUUACACCACAUUGAUUGAUGGGUUCAUUAGGAACGAGAGUCUUGAUGAGGCAAGGAAAGUAUUCGAAUUCAUGGAACAAAAGGGUGUCCGCCUUGAUGUUGUAGGCUAUAAUGCUAUGAUAAAAGGAUACUGUCAGUUUGGAAUGCUGGAUGAGGCAAUUGUAUGCAUGAACAACAUGAGAAAGGGGUUUGGUUAAUGGCAAAUGGGAUCCAAGGAAUGCAGCAUACAAUGCUAUUAUCUUCGGCCUAUGCAGACACAAUAUGCUUGGUAACGCAUUGGACAUAAUAAAUAAGAUGGCUAACAAAGGGUACUCACCGGACUCUG